AUGGCAAUCAUUAUGAUGACAGUUCAAUUAAUAAACUGGCAACAUUGCUUUACUCGCUAUCGGUCGUUGCAUCAUCGAUUUAGGCGAAAUGUCCGACAAAAAAAUUAUUCCCGUGGUCAAGGCUGAGGAGGAGGCAGCCGAGGAGGAAGAAAUGGUUGAUGCUCAGUCUCACCUCAGGGAGGUAUGCUCACAGAAGCCUGAUGCCCAGAGCCACUGGGCCAAGUACCAAGAGUGCAAUGACCGCGUCAACUCCCGCUCCCAAACCACAGAGACCUGCGAGGAGGAACUCAUUGACUACUUGCAUGUCCUCGACCAUUGCGUCACCAAGGACCUCUUCAAGAGGUUAAAGUAACUUAAUUUUAAUUCUCUACCCUAAACUGCCACCUACAAUGCCCAAUCUUAUGUUACAUAAUUCUUGAUUUCAUAGAAUUUUCAGGUACAAAGGGUAGAUGUAGUUUUAGCAAAUUUAUUUAUGUACCAAGUGUGAAGAUUGACGAGUUCAUGUUUACUGUUUAUUUGUAAAUAAAUAAUCAUCGUUAA